CCGUAUCAUACCCACGGUAUGGUGGAGCGAAAAUGACUGAUUACCCCUGCAUCAUAGACAUAAACAACCAACCAACCAGGUUUUCGGGUCUAGUGAAUGACACAGAUACUCGCGAAGAGCAGUGGGCCGAUGACAUGGCUCUCUCUGAUGACGACUCUGCGUUCCGGACUGCAGAUGAACUGGAGAACAACAAACUGCACAGUCAACGGGAACUGGUUGAGUUAGAAACUCGCGGUGUUCAAACGGAAAUCGAGACGCUCCUGUCUGGUUUUAAAGGUGUCAAACUGACAGGAAACGGUGACAUCCCUACCAAGCCGUUCCUAGAUGCCUGCCGUCGCAUGGUACCUUUCUUUGAUCAUCUCGGUUCCGUACUACCACGACUUCGUAAUGAAAGUGGCGUCAGGAGAUGA